UCACUGGCACCGGCGCGAACACCUGGCGAGACUUAAAACGAUUCUUCUACGACGCGUAAUUAACAGCAGCAUAUACUUAAUUUUCGUUGUUAUUAUUAAUUUUUCUUCAGGUGGUUGAUUAUCACAUGGAAAGAGCUCUUUGCUAGGAAUAACCUAGCAAAAUGUCUUCAGUAUAUCAAACGCACCGGACCCAAUAACGAUAAACCAAAUUCAACCCAGACUAAAGCACAUCUCCUCUAAUGGCCUUCUUACAACAGUUAAGACUUCUUCUCUGGAAAAACUGCCUCAGUGUCAUCCGGCAGCCAGGCUGGUCACUGGCUCUCAUCAUCUGGCCACUUGUGAUCUUUAUCAUCCUGGCGAUCACCCGUUCACAAUUCCCUCCAAAACUGAAAGAGACCUGCUAUGUGGCUCCGAAAAACCUUCCGAGCACCGGAUUUUUCCCUUUCCUGCAGACCCUCAUGUGUAGCACCGACACUGUGUGCACCAGCAAAUCUUACCUAACAGAAGGACAGUCCAAAUCCAACUGGUACACGGGUCAUCGUCGCCGCAGGGAUGUUGAAUCUCACAGUCUACCAUCACUGUUCCAUGGUUUACCUCCACUGGCCCAUCUAGAGAAGGGAGGUCUGGUUCACUCAAUCCUGAAAAGAGAGACAUCAAAUCACCCAGAGCUCCUGGAGAUAUGGGACAGGAUGCUCAAUUCCAGCCUUCAAAACAUUCCCAAUGUGACUUCCGUCAUGCAAGCUUUUAACAACACAGAUCAGACAAUGGAACCUGUUUGGGAGUCAGUGAACAUUCUGAAAAAGUCCUUCUGCAGUUUCUCCAUGACUGCCAUCAACACAUCAGCCGGGGCCCACGAUCUCUUCACGCAAGGCUUAAUAAACUUCUGCAGUUCUGACGACACGGUUCUAGAAGCAUCCUUACUAACCCUGAACCAGGUACUGACAGAAAUGCUGCUCAAUAACCCGGCAGAAGUGUUGGAAAUGAUCGGAGGGACUGUGGUGGUCCUUGAUAGACUUCAACUGGAGACGUCAGUGUGGGACUUCAUGCUUGGCCUGCCAGAUCUUUUCCUGAAGCCCACAGAUAAAGAGAAACUAAAAUCUGGGGCAGAGGAAUUGGAGAAUCUUAAGAAAGCCUUGACAUACCUCCAGAGGACUUUCCCACAGGCCAACAUCUCCACUGAGGCCACAAACCCAGUCAUCAAUAAAGGCAUUGGCAUUCUCAACUACAUGGGUGAAUGGAAAGGGAGAGAUGUGAAUGUCAAACUGAGUGAUGUCAUGCGCCCAAGCAGCAUUGCUGUACUCAGCUCAGACAUAAAGGACCUUAUCAACCAAACCCAGAUCCCUCUAGACAAGAUUCUUGUGCUGCUAAAUGAGGAAGGCUUUCGUACCUUUUUGUGUGACCAAAACAUUCUCGCCUCCUAUUGUUGGAGCUGGGAAGUGGGCCAGAUAUUUCAAGGGAUAGAUACGUGGAAGGUUGUUGAACAGGUGCUGUUGGCCUGGACUCAGACCUCUGCCUCUGCAGACCUGGCCUUCUCUAAGGAGGUGUUCGACAGCUUGCUGGGCCUAGUCUCUCCAUCGAGCAUGGAUGCUCUUCUCAAACACAGCAGGUCGCAGCGAAGCAGUGACGCUCAGCCACAGAGCCUAGGGGAACAAUUAAUCUUCGGAUUAGGCAGUACAGCAUUUGAUUUUCUACAAGGGAUGCCUGGCUGGGAAUACAUUCAGACUUUUUUGAUGGGUGGCCAUUCAUCCAUGCAGGUGGCAAGAGUUGCAAUGGAAGCACAGCUACGUAUGUAUCAGCAUGUGUAG